CUGUAUUUGCAUUCAUAUCCCCUGCAACGAAACGGAUCAAGCGAGGUUUCCUGGUAUUUGAGUUCCAACCAGGCAGUGGCAAUGGAGCAGAAUUUCCAAGCCGCUGUUGAGACAGGAGAGAUUCCCGGUGUAGUAUUACUUGCAACUGAUGCCAGUGAAAGGUUCCACUACGGAAAUGCCAUUGGCAAUUCGUCCUUGAAGCCCGGCUCGGAGAGGCUAUUCAAAUUAGACGCAACCUUGAGUAUUGCAUCGUGCAGCAAGAUUAUCACCACAAUCGCGGCGCUACAGUGCAUUGAACGAGGCCAGUUUGGGCUGGACGAUGACGUCUCAACAAUUCUCGUUGAACUUCAGGACCUCAAGAUAAUCACGGGUUUCGACGAGAGCACGGGUAAUGCUACUUUUGUCCCGGCUGAAAAUAAAAUUACACUCAGGCACCUCUUGACACACACCUCCGGCAUUGCCUACGACUUUAUCAAUCCCGUUAUCAACCGCUGGCGGACGUCGGUGGGUCGAACCCCAGACAUCACUAGCACAGAGCCGAUCCUGAAGCGGAUUGCUCUGCCGCUCGUUUUUGAGCCCGGCGAGGGCUUCGAAUACGGCUACUCCAUGGACUGGGCCGGCACGCUUGUUUCUCGCCUUAAUAAUAUCUCCCUCGAUGAAUACGUGCAGAAGUACAUCGCCCAGCCCCUCGGGAUCGAUGACAUGACCUUCCACCUAGAGAACAACGACCAGGUGCGCUCGAAACUGGCCGAUUUCAAUCUCCGCGACGGGGGUAUGAACGAAUACGGCACCACCGCCAACCCCAACGGUGCCAUUUCGUGGAUGCCCGGCCACCUAUGGGUUGACCCUGUCGUCGAUGAGUACGGCGGAUGGGGCAUCUACACCAGUGGUCCUUCGUUUCUCAAGGUACUGGCCUCGAUACUCCGGGACGACGGCAAGUUGCUGCGCAGCGAGACAAUCGACCACAUGUUCCAGAACCAAUUGUCGAGCGCAUCCAAGGACAUGCUCAAGAGAACAUUGUCCGUGCCGGAGAUCAACAAUUAUCUCGGUGGGUCGCCGCUUGGGCUAGAGAAGGGAUGGGGCUUGGGUGGGCUGCUGAUGCUGGAGGACUCGGCCUCGACGGGCCAAAAUGCAGGCACUAUGCAAUGGGCAGGUCUUCCAAAUCUCUUCUGGUGGAUUGAUCGCAAGGCCGCUUUAUGUGGUCUCUACGCUAGUCAGUUGGUGCCGACUGGCGAUCCGCGCAGUGUGGAGUGGUCGACCACCUUCAUGAAGGAGAUGUAUAUUCGGCUAGAGGAAUCUCGCUCAAGAGCAUAG